AUGGGUACAGAGCAAUCUGUUACUGGAAUGAGUCUGCUACAUAAUUUAUCUACUAGCAGCAAAGGAAAGCUCAAAUGGACAGCCGAUUUUGAGGCUCUACAAAGAUUUGUCGCAGAAGUUUUGGUUUUGUCAGACGGUGAAUGGUCCACGCCGGGAGGAUACGCAAAGCUUUACCAAGAUGAAAGCAUCUCUAUCCACUGGUAUUCUGAUACCGAAUCGAUCACCAUUAGUGGUAAAGACGAAAAGGAAUUCAAGGAGAAGCUGAUGAAAUUAGUUUCAAUUUCAGCGGGUUUAUCUAACGGCGAGGGCAAGCUCGUGGGUGUUGUUGACAAAAACAGGUCAGUCAGCCAUAACGACAAUAAAUCCCACCCAAAUAAUGACCUAGACGAUUCCCAAGAGACCUAUCUUAAAAUCCUUAACUGCCAGUUGCAAGCUAAACUACAAGACUUAUCCGAUCAAUUUGUAUCGAGCAAGACAUACAUAAAUAGGGCGUUAUCAGAUCACUCUAACCAGCUUAAAGAACUCAGAAUUGCUGACAAGGAAAGUGGAUUUUCUGCACUUAUAAAGGAAAAUAACGAUUUAAAAGACGCGAACAAUAUUUGA